CCUCUCGAGGCCCCCCCCCCGCAGCCUCCCGGCCGCCCGCUGCCUGUCGACUCCGAUGGGCGGCCGCAGCCUCCCGGGCAUGAAGGGCGACCGGCAGGAGAGCGUGGCCGCGCCCGACGAGGAGACGCGAGCCUCCCGGACGGCAAAGGGGACAUCCUGGCGAGCGUGCGCCAGGCCGCCAGAACGCACAUGCAG